UCGCUCAUUGUCCUGGCGGCUUCGUGUGCUAGCAGCAGGAAACUGUGUCCCUUCUCCCACGCCCGCACGCCCAUGCUCGUCCCCAUGAAGACACUUGUGCUCCUUCUGUGCCUCGGCUUUGCUACGGCCCUGGACUGCACGGGCGACGAAAUCUCAUGCACGAACGGCGAGCUCUGCAUCCCUUAUCAAUACCUGUGUGAUAACGAUAGCGACUGUGCUGAUGCCUCGGAUGAGGACCCUGAAUUCUGCUCGGCCUGGAGGAACACGGAUUGCGAAAAGGGCCAGGCCCUUUGCAGGGCCAACGGAGCCUCAGAGUGCAUCUCCAUCGAGAACUACUGCCACCGAACUCAGCCUGCUUGCCAAGGAACUCUCGACCGUCAAAUCUGCUCUAUAUUAGGAGACAGGAAAUUGGUUCCCAUAGACACAAUCAGACUUCCCCCAGUCAAUACGCCCGGUAAUUGCCCGUCUCCUUAUAUCAAGGUCGGCGACCAGUGCAUCGCCUUCUUCAGUAAUGAAAGCACACAUACACAGUUCACCUGGGCCAAUGCGCGGACGUUCUGUGAAGACAGCGGCGGCCAUCUGUUCAUCAUCCAAAAUGGCAACCAAUAUUACAAUCUCAUCUGGUAUCUUGUCAAUAACAAGUUCACCAGCGACUUCUGGCUGGGCGGAAGGUACGAGCAAGACGACCUGAGCUGGGUGUGGCUCGACGGGAACCCGAUGCCUCUCGGCACGCCCUUCUGGAGCCUCAGAUGUUACGAGACGGCGGAGGGAACUACGCCGGCCAACGAGUUGUGCAACCAAUACGCGCAGGCGCCCGAUAACCGUCCGUCCCGCUUAUGCGCAGCCAUCACAAACAAGAAACAAUACUACAUAAGCGACGAGGACUGCCUGGAUGAAAAGGGUGCCAUCUGUGUCACCCGUGCCUAAGAAAAGAACUGUUUUUUUCCUUCCCUCAAAGGGUCGAGAAUCUUUAAAAUUCACAUGCUUAAUGUAUCACCAAAAUGUAAAAGGAGGAAGCGGAGGGCGUGGUCAAAGUAGGUCUUUCUUUGGUUUUCUUUAACGAAGGAAGGGUACUUUGGGAACCCCCCCCCCCUUCAUAGUGUGGAAUGACGCCAUUGAAAUUGCCAUUCAUCCUAUGUAUGUUUCUGCACGCAGUACCUUCACUAGGUACUUGCAAAUAAAAGUUUGUGGAGA